AUGGCAAGGUUCCUGAAAAGGUAUCGGGGAGCUCAUCAUCAACCGAAGCUCGACUUGGUAGGUCUGAAAAACGACGAAUGCAGAAAGAAGUUCCACCAACGAGCGUCGAUCAAUAUUGGAUUACGGAACAGGAAAAGUGUGGACGACGCUGACUCUUUUACUAAAUGCAUUCACGACGCUGCAAAGAAAACGCUUCCGGUUUCAGCACCGUGGAAGAAGUUCACCCUUACAUCUACAAAGACAAUAUCUACGUACAAUUCUGUAUGUGUUGCCCGCACUAGUGGUGACUUCGCUCAGGAGAAGGGUCUGAGAAGGAAGUUGCUUCAUCAGCUGAAACGUGGUCGUGAGAACGAAUGGACGUGA